AUGACGCAGUCUGAAUUAUUAAUUAGCUUAGAAGAUAAAUAUGGUGCUCACAAUUAUCAUCCCCUUCCGGUAGUACUGGAAAAAGGUGAAGGCGUGUAUGUAUGGGACGUAGAAGGCAAAAAAUAUUUCGACUUUUUAUCGGCAUAUUCAGCUGUAAAUCAAGGUCAUAGUCAUCCUAGAAUCUUAAAAGCAUUGCAGACACAAGCUCAAAAAUUGACGCUUUCUUCUCGUGCAUUUUAUAAUAGUGAAUUGGGGAAAUAUGAAAAAUUUAUGACCGAACUUUUUGGGUUUGACAAAUUGCUCCCAAUGAAUACAGGCGCUGAGGCUGUAGAAACGGCACUAAAAGUAUGUAGAAAAUGGGCUUAUGCAAAAAAAGGAUUGGCUGAGAAUGAAGCGGUGAUUUUGUUUGCGACUGGAAAUUUCCACGGACGAACGUUGAGUAUUAUUUCGGGAAGUACCGAUGAUAGUAGCCGAAAAGGAUUUGGUCCUUAUAUGCCUAAUUUUGAGGUCAUAGAAUACAAUAAUUUUGAAGCGUUGGAAAAAGCGUUGGAAAAUAAAAAUGUGGCUGGAUUUUUGGUAGAACCUAUCCAAGGUGAAGCUGGAAUAUUGAUUCCACAAGACGGCUAUUUGAAAAAAUGUGCUGAUUUAUGCAAAUCGAAACAAGUUUUGUUUAUAGCCGAUGAGGUUCAGACAGGUAUAGCUAGAACAGGCAAAAUGCUGGCUUGCGACCACGAAAAUGUGCAUCCUGAUAUUUUAAUUUUGGGAAAAGCCGUUUCGGGCGGUGUAUAUCCUGUUUCUUGUAUUAUGGCUAGCGAUGAAAUUAUGCUUUGUAUCAAACCAGGAGAGCACGGAAGUACUUAUGGCGGGAAUCCAUUGGCUUGUGCAGUAGCUACCGAAGCAAUGCAGGUAGUACUCGAUGAAAAAUUGGCUGAAAAUGCUGAAAAAAUGGGGGCUAUCUUUAGAAAAGGACUUGUAGAUAUGAAUGCGCCUAUUAUUAAUGUAGUUCGUGGUAAAGGUCUUCUAAACGCAAUAGAAAUAAAUGAUACACCCGAUAGCGAAACCGCUUGGAAUAUUUGCCUAGAAUUUGCAAAAAAUGGACUUUUGGCAAAACCUACGCACGGAAAUAUCAUUCGAUUGGCACCACCUUUGGUAAUCAACGAAGCUCAAAUUCAAGAAUCACUUCAAAUUAUUAAAAAAAGUUUAGAGAAUUUCUAA